GCCAAUCGUUUCAAAUUUCACUUGGCUUGUGCAACCAAUUUUGUUUUGGGAAUACAUUCGCUCAUCCGUGCCUGGUCCGGCUUUUUCAAACUCAAUGAAACUUUCCAAACCCAUUAGGCUUCUAUUGCUCGGUGCCCCGGGGUCUGGCAAGGGUACACAGACCUCGAAACUCUUGAAGUCAUUUUCAGGUAUCAAGUCCAUGUCUUCAGGUGACACGCUAAGAGCCGAGCUUGCAAAGGGAAGCGCACUUGGUGAGCAAGCAGCUCAAUAUAUCAAUGGGGGGGAAUUUGGUCCCUGACUCGAUCAUGGUGGGCUUGAUAACGGAACAAUUGAGAGCUAACAAAUGGUUAAAUGCGCGUUCCAGUUGGCUCUUGGACGGGUUUCCUCGUACGCUGCUGCAGGCAGAAAAGCUAGACAAAGUCUUGUAUCAGCAAAGUGCGCCCUUGAAUUUGGUGGUCGAGCUUGAUGUCAACCAAAGCGUUAUCUUGGAAAGAGUGGAGGCAAGAUGGAUUCACCUUCCAUCCGGAAGGGUCUACAAUUUGGACUACAACCCACCCAAGGUUGCCUUCAAGGAUGAUAUUACUGGAGAGCCGCUCCUGAAAAGAAGUGAUGAUACGGCCGAAGUUUUUCAGAAAAGAUUAGACUCUUACAAUGAGGAGAUAAGUCCGUUGAGAGAGUACUACAAAGAGCAGGGCAUUUUAGCCACGGCUUCUGGCGACUCUUCUGAUAUCAUCUUCCCGAAGCUCAAAAAUUUAGUUGAGACUAGAUUUGCCUAGUUCGAUACUUCAAUCCUCUGUAUAUAUUAUCUGUAAAGUGUGGGUGCCGAUGUAUGCUGAUCAAUAUCAGCUUUCAUCUUGCAGUCGUUUUCUUCUUAUUUUAUUUAUCUGUGCACUUCUUAUCUAGUGGUUUCAAAAUAUAAAUGUCGAUAGA